UCCUACAAUCUUCUUCUCCAGGCUGAAGAUGGCGGCGCCAAAGAUAGAUCUAAGAAUCCUCGCAGAGCACGGAAGCUGAGGUUUUAUGUCAAUGGUGACCGAUACUUUCGCGGGAAGAAAAUCUCCAUCACACCAAACCACUAUUGCAACUUCAACGACCUUCUCGGCGAUCUCACGGGGAAACUGUCCUCUAACUUAAACCUUCAUUAUGGCGUCAGGCAGAUCUUUACUCCACGAGCAGGCCGGAAGGUCCACAAUAUUGAGGAGUUGGUGGACGGCGAGGCUUAUGUCUGUGCUGGCUUUGAAGCCUUCAGGAUGGUCAAGUAUGGGAGGUCGGAGUUGGAGCCAUGGUCAGUGGAACCUCAUACUUUAACACGAUCUUCUCAUCGUUCACCACAUGCGUCUUCUUGUUAUUCACCUUAUAAAUCUUCUCGUCAUUCUCCUCGUCAUUCAACUUGUUAUUCUCUUCGUCAUUCUCCUUGUCAUUCUCCUCGUCAUUCUCCUUUUCAUUCUCUUCGUCAUUCUCUUCGUCAUUCUCCUUGUCGUUCUCCUC